AUGUUUGCGUUACUCCAGGCUAGAGCCAAAGGCGACUCGGCCAAAGACGCUUGCCCAGAAAUCUCCCUCACGGAAAAUGCAUCUCAACCCUUAUUCGGCAGCAUGUCCUUCCACACGUUCAACAUGAUCCUAUCUGGCAGCUUCGCCGUCGCGUCCUGCCUCAUCAUCUUCUCCCUGAUGUUCCUCCAUGCGACCCACCUGAGCAAAAGCAACGAGCAGAUCAAGAUCCUGCGCAUCUCGCUCCUUAUCCCGUUCUGGUCCAUCUUCUCCUUCCUCUCCCUCUGCUUCCCGACGGCUGAGGUCUACCUCCACCCGUGGCUCGAGUUUGUCCAGGCCAUCUGCCUGGGCACCUUCUUCCUCCUGCUGUGCGAGUUCGUCUCGCCCAGUGAGCAGCACCGGGAUGUUUUCUUCGCCGCGCUCACGGUGAAGAACAAGAAGGCGGCCAGCGGGGAGGAGAACGGCCUCGAAUGGUUCAGGAAAAUGUGGUUUGCUGUCUUUCAGUAUCCCGUCGUCUCUCUGCUGGUGGCCAUUGUGACCGCCAUCACGCAGGCGGCGGGUGUAUACUGCGAGUUCGCAAGUCAAACACACUUUGCCAAGCUAUGGUUGUCCAUCAUAAGCAACGCCUCGCUCACGCUCGCGCUCAUCACAGUGCUCCGGUUCUUCAUGCAGCUCAAGUCUCAGCUAAAAGAGCAUCGACCAAUUGCCAAGUUUGCGUCUUUCAAAUUAGUGGUGACUCUGACCUUCCUUGAGAAUAUCAUCUUCUGGAUUCUGCGCGACACCGGUGCCAUGAAACCGACCGCGACGCUGACGGAUGCGGACCUCCGCAUUGGCAUCCCAUCUAUGCUGAUUUGCCUCGAGAUGCUGCCCAUCGCGGCCUUCUUCCACCACGCGUACACGUACAGCCCCUACGUCAUCGGGAGCGACCGCACCAGCCGGCCCCUCGCCGGCGACCACGAGGCGUACGCGCCCCAGACAUACUCCGGUGGCCCGGGCGGGCUGUGGGCGCUAGUCGAGAUGUGGAACCCGAUGGAGAUCGUUGAGGCCAUUGUGUUCGGGCUGCGGAUGAAGGCGGAAGAGCGGAGGCAGCAGCGCGCCCAGAAGGGGUGGCAAAGUGCACAAUACCGACAGGUGGAAGGGGAUCACGAGAUGGGCGAAAGGUAUUAG